AUGUCUCGGCCAAUAGAUGCUUUUCCGGAAGAGAUAUUAAUCCAGAUCUUAACAUCUCUGAAGCUCACGUCAAACCUGCAGUUCCCCAGACGUAUUCUCACCUGUAUGUUGUUGCAUCUUCCACAAACAUGCAUCAACCUUGAGAUUACCAUCUGCGGGCCCGAGGAGCAAACCAAUUGCAGUUCAGACGAUUUCUGUAAGACUCUUUCUAUUCUUCCUCGUCUGCGACAUCUUCGUCUUCAAGUUGCUCGUGUCUGUCCGGAGUUUCUAGGGGAAGCCGCCUUGGGAAAAUACGGUACAGGUGACUCUGUCUGCAUCCAGGUGUUCAAACCCUGUUAUGCUCCCAAUCUGAACUAA